CGCGGGCUGGGAGGAAAAUGGAAGGCACCUUGGGCUUUCCAUCGGCAUUGUUCAACGGCUGAUUCUGUUCUUCGACUCAACCGAUAUCCCAAUUCCCAAAUGUUAACUUCGCUUUCGACAUGGAGAUUUGUCAACUACCGGAAGGAUUUCCGGCAAUCCCCCUUCGCUCCGAUUUCAACCGGACUCUUGGAAAAUUACCUCCUGCACAUCUCCAAUGGCCGGCAUUUUUACCCCGAGUAACAGCGUUGAGCAAUUCCCCGUCGGAAAACUCUGAUUUGGAGUCUCGGAACCGGAUGUUUAUUCUCGGGAUGGGGUUUGUUGCGCAAUUCCUUGCUCGGGAGCUUAAGAAUGAAGGAUGGGUGGUGUCAGGGACUUGCACAAGCAUGAAGAAGAAAACGGAACUUGAGCAAAAUGGGUUUGAUGUUUACCUAUUCGAUGCAAAUGAACCAGAAGUGAGGAACAUGAAUUCUUUGAAAUGCUAUACACAUCUACUUGUGUCUAUCCCUCCUCUUAUGGGUAUUGGAGAUCCAGUGCUUCAACGUGGAGAGUCUCUAAGAAGUGCAAUGAUGGAUGGCAACCUUCAGUGGGUCGGUUAUUUAUCGUCAACUAGUGUUUAUGGAGAUUGUGGUGGUGCAUAUGUAGAUGAGGAUCAUCCAACAAGCCCGAUAAAUGAGUUAGCUAAAUUGAGGCUGGCUGCUGAGGAGGGAUGGUUAAAUCUGGGACAUGACCUUGGGCUUGCAGCACAAGUAUUUCGACUUGGAGGUAUCUAUGGUCCUGGUAGAAGGUUUGAUUGGUAUUUCUUACUAUUUUCAUUCUAUAUUUUAAUUCAAUAGUUAAUGUUAGACAUCUAACAUGUUGGUUUUUGAGCAAUUUAUUUAAUUUUGUUGUACGUAAGUUAUAUUUACCAUCAUAUAAAGAUUGGCUUAUAUCCUCGUAUGUAAAGUGGUUAUAUUGCUAUUUUAAUGCCUUAAUCUGUUUUUAGUGCAUUUUGAACGAGUUUCUGCAAUGUUUAAUGUGUUAUUUUACAUCACAGUGCCAUUGACACAAUAAUUAAGCAGGAGUCUUUGUCAGAAGGUCAGAAAAUGAGAGGGUCGAGAAAAUACACAUCCCGAGUUCAUGUGGAAGACAUUUGCCAAGCACUCAAGGCCAGUAUUGACAUGCCAUCGAGCAGGUAUGGUUUAAUUGUCACCUUUGCUUGGUUACACUUUUCAUUCAGGUGCAAGAAGCAGUGGUCAUUGUAUACUAAUUGAUCUUGACUCUGCUAGGUGUGUAACUGAAGUAGGAUUUUCUUAUCCCUAUUGGCUCGUUUGAGUUUCCUUUUUCAGGAGAAUCUACAAUGUUGUCGAUGAUGAGCCAGCCCCUAGAGAAGAGGUAUUUGCAUAUGCGCUGGAUUUGAUUGAGAAAAAGUGGCCAGGCCUGGUCAAGAAAUGCACUUCUCCUCAGAAAGAUGAAUCCUUUGUUCGAAGUGGAAGUUCAAGAGGUGAAAAGCGAGUUUCCAAUUCACGUAUCAAGAGGGAACUAGGAGUGCAGCUUUUUCAUCCAAGUUAUAAAUCAGGCUUGCAGAGCGUUAUUGACCAAAUGGAGAGCCCAUUUCAGCAUGCUGCGUAUUAGGUUUAAGACCUUUUAGAGAAAAUUAUGAUUUUUUUUUUUUUUUUCCGUUUUCGAUAAUCUAUACCAACCAUGUUAGUCAACCGAAUUCAUGGAACAUAAGGUAUAUGCAAACAUGCAAUUCC